CCUCACACCGCUUAUAACGCUUUUCAAGUUCAAGGUCUCGAGUUCGAGUCCUCCGGAGUGCUUGAGUUUGUGGUUUUGGCGCGACUUUGUGGACUUUUCGUCGCGAAUAUGUUCGACUCCCUCGUGUUUUUGGCUGUUACGCUCUCCAUCUUCUGUUUGAUCAAAGUGGCCGAGCCCGCGUCCUACUAUGGGUACCAUCCGACCGAUAAGCAUGAGGUGGACGCUCCACACCACGAGCCGCACUACGAGCACGAUCUCAAAUACGAAUUCGGAUACAGAGUCCACGACCCGCACUACCACAACUACCAAGAAAGAGCAGAAGCCGGAGGUGGUGACGAUGUCGAAGGAUACUACAGUUUCCUGGAGCCGAACGGAUUCAUCCGAAUCGUGAAAUACUCGUCAGACAAACACGGAUUCCGGGCCGACGUAGCCCACCACGUGCCAUCGGGCAAGAAAGAGAUCAAGCACGGCAAAUCAGACUCUUACUUCCCGCAAAAGAACAAGCACGCCAAGCAGUCACCGGACUACCCUUACGUCUAAACCAUCAUUCACAUCGCUCGUCAUUAGAAGUGCUUCAAUGCGCCGAAACCACCAAACCAAAGAUAGAACAAUUUAGUCAUGACUUCAUGACCCCCAGAGGGCUAAUUUCAGGGAUGUGAUUAUGCCUUUUAGAUUCAUUGUAGAAUCUAGAGCCAGGUUUGAAACACUUUUAUGCCAUGCUAGGAAGGAACACUGUAGGAGCGUUUGGAUGUUGCACCAUUCCUUCUGAAAAACCACGAAUUUCUUGGAAAACUUUCAGAAUAUUCUCUUUUGCAAUUUUCUGGAAAAUUUGCAUUUUAAUCUGGUGAAUCUGCCAAUUCCGACGGAAAAAAAUAUUUCUGAUAACUUCUAAAAAUAAACUACGUUAUCCUGGGAAAUUUGGCAACAAUCAAAUGCUCUUAUGGUGUACUCCUUAAGCACAGCGAAUUUUCAUCUGCCCUGCUACGGAAAAGAGCUUUAAGUGAAAAAGUUAUGAAUCAUUACUAUUGAAACAAAGAUACAUGUGGUGAAAAAGCUUGAUUGAUUUGGUACAUAAUUUGAAAGGAAGAGGAAAAACUUGCGACCCACUCAAAAGAGGGCAUUCAAAGAACGUUUUCAUGAGUCUGUAAAUGCAUAUACUGCUCUAUACCGUAGCGGGAUAGAACUGAGGAAUCCUCAGAAACUGUUUAGAGAUGUUAGGCAGCCAUUUUGGAGCAGGUUAUUUUUGCCUGUGGAAACAUUUACCUCAAUUAUUUACUUCUAAAAUGCCUAUUGAUUUUUACCUACCUUUUUCAUUUCUAUUUUUUUUCCAAAAAAUGUUUUAGAGUUGAUUACACUCUUGAAUGUAGUUGAAACCAUGACAGGGACAAAAGGUGUUGAGAGUAUUUGAAUUCUCGAUGACACCUCAAAAAUGUGCUGUUCUUAAAGGUGAAGUAGGGAUCUUCACUUCACCUUGUCAACCAAAUAGGGAGGGAUGGGAGGGAACUUAGAUGAUUUUUGUGCCAAUUUAAACCCUUAAUUUAUUUAUUAAUUU